GAGGUUAAAGUUGAACCGUGUGCCGGAGACUUGGAGAAAGCAGCCGAGUGACAGCUUCAAAAUAGCCGAGUCCCAUCCUUUAGUGCAACACCCCAGGAUUACCUUAGACCCGGCGGACACCACGGCAUAAAGAUGUUGCUCUCCUCGUUGCGGACAACAGUUUUUUGCGGCUGCAGAAGCGCUGGAAAGAGCUACCAACACACCGUUAGGAGUCCACAGCUACGACAGUGGCUCGUCAAGAGAGGUCAGAGCACCAUCGUAGCGGAAGCAGGAGCCAACUCCUCUCCUGCAGCAGCGGUCACUGUCCCCAACGCAGCCACAAAUCGCAUCGUGGGUCGAUGGUUGCUCGGUUGCAGUGGGCUGGUGGUCGGGGCCGUCGUUUUGGGUGGUGUCACAAGGCUAACAGAAUCUGGGCUCUCCAUGGUUGACUGGCAUCUGGUCAGAGAGAUGAAGCCACCUCAGACACAGGAAGAAUGGGAAGCUGAGUUUUCCAAGUACCAGCAAUUCCCCGAAUUCAAAAUAAUGAAUCACAACAUGACUCUCCCGGAGUUCAAGUUCAUCUUCUACAUGGAGUGGGGGCAUCGUAUGUGGGGUAGGCUGGUGGGACUGGCGUACAUCCUCCCGACUGUUUACUUCUGGAGGAAAGGGUACUUCACACGCUCGAUGAAGGGAAAAGUGCUGGGGCUCUGCGGCUUUGUCUUCUUCCAGGGCCUUCUGGGAUGGUACAUGGUAAAAAGCGGGCUGGAGGAGAAGCCUGAGUCUUAUGACGUCCCUCGGGUCAGUCAGUAUCGUCUGAGUGCUCACCUUGGCUCGGCCUUGUUGCUCUACUGCGCCAGUCUCUGGACGGGGCUUACUAUGCUGCUGCCAGCAGAAAAGAUUGCAGACACCAAGCGUAUCAUGCAGCUCAGGAGAUUUGCCAAGGGUACUGGAGGACUAGUCUUCCUUACUGCUCUUUCAGGCGCGUUUGUUGCUGGUUUGGAUGCUGGGUUGGUGUAUAACUCCUUCCCCAAGAUGGGAGAGAGAUGGAUUCCUGAUGAUCUUCUCGCCUUCUCUCCCGCCCUCAAGAACUUCUUUGAAAAUCCCACAACUGUUCAGUUUGACCACAGAAUUUUGGCCAUCUCUUCCCUGGCUGCAAUUACAGGCCUCUAUAUGUUCUCAAGGAGAAUGGUGCUUCCCAGGAGGGCUAAGAUUGCCAUCAGCCUACUCACCGCAAUGGCCUAUGGACAGGUUGCCCUCGGUAUCAGCACCCUGUUACUGUACGUUCCCACUCCACUGGCAGCGACUCACCAGUCUGGCUCUGUGGCUCUUCUCUCUCUGGCCAUUUGGGUCCUGGCAGAACUUCGCAAAAUUCCCAAGUAAAUUUCUGGUUCUCUUUGCACAAAAUCUCUUGCAGCUGCAGAGCAAGCGUCAGCAGUGUCACGAGGCAUUUUUAAUUUAAACUUUGAACUUUUCUUUCACUGCCGGAGUGCUGGUCCUAUUUCAUUGCAAAGUAAUCCUCUUGAAGUGACAAGGAAUCAUUCCACGAUACUGUCAUUACAAGCAGGAAUGUUAUGUGUCUUUGGUUUGAAAAUUCAGUCAGGAAUCAAAUGAAUAAAUAGUGGAAAUACAACAAGGUCAAGCUUAGACCUGGUAUUAACACAAGUACUGAGUGAUCAGAUUGCAAGUGGCCAGCUUUAAGUACACAUGUUCAGACUUUGUGUUUGACUGCAUCUUCACAUGCACCUGAGAUCUAAUCGCAGAUCUACAUCCAAAUAAAAUCAUUUGGGGCUCGGAUGAAUAUUUUGUCAACAGUUGCUAUAUUAAAAAAUGCAUCAGUGCAUUUAUUUAUUUAUACAGUUGACAGCUAAAGGGACAAAUGAUAUUAAUAGGCUGUCCCUAUUAACGAACAAAUAACACUAUAGUGCCCAUUACUUUUUUGUUUUUGUUUUUUUUGUUUGAAUGAAAGAGGCAAAACUCGUUUCCACAAAGAAACGUCAGUUGAGUCAGUUGCUCCAACCACCUCUAGAUGUGAUCUGAGUGAUUGGAUCUCAAAUGUGUCUUUAAUUCAUCUUGAGCGUGUUCACACCUGUACAUUAAGAUGGCCACUUGUGAUCAGAUCACUCAGGAUGCAGUUUAAUACGGGCUGACUGAAUUCUGUUUUGGAAAUACACAAAGGCCUGCAGUGAUAAGCAAAUUUCCAGUUUCUGUCUGGAUUUAACGAAGAAGAACCAGGACUUCCAGUGAAGAUUAUAUAUUUGGUUUACAUUGGAGUGCAUAUGUGGAUUGUAAUAUUUUGUUACAGUUCUAACGGGAAAUGAAAAUUAAAAUUGUCACCUGUUGCCUCGUAUCAGGACACAAACUGUCUGCAAUUUGAAGCUCCUGUUGUUGUUUGUAUAAUUAUGUAUAUUUAAAUUAUGAACCUUUGACAUUAUGAUGUAAAAAUAUAUUGAUUGUUACUUUGUACUUGCUGAAAGGACUCUUAUUUUAUUAAAGCCACUUAAUGUACUUA